ACAAUUAUUGUAAUUAACUCGUUUAUGUGUUGUGUGCUAAUCCAAUUAUCCAAGUUCGCGGCAGGAUGCCCCCGAUGAUGCAGUGCAAAGAAAAGAAAAUAAAUUAAUUCAAUCAGCAGCCAAUUAGACAGACAAAUGAAGAAUUUUCAAGGGUCUUAUUCGCACAAUUCGCACGCCUAAUUGAAUUGUGUAGCCACUCCUCUGCUCUCAUCAUCAUCAGCAUUAUCAUCAUCAUUGUCACCGGUGUAGCAUUUGCCCAAUUAGCCAAAGCAGUGAUUGAUCAAGUGAUUUAACAAGUUUUGAAUUUAAUUUGCCAACCAUGUUAAACUAUCAGCAGCAACUGCAUUCCAUACCCGUCGGCAAUGCCGGCAAUUUCUAUUAUGCCGCAACGACAAUGCCGUCGGUGGCGUCCACUGCAUCCGCACCCGGAUCCGGAGCGUCUGCAGCUCGCACCUUACCAUCCGUGGAUGCUGCAUAUGCCGCACAAGCACAACCUGUGGAGCUGGAACAGAAGCUGCACCAGGAAGGCUAUGCCAAGGACAAGGACAUUGCAAAUCGCAGAGAACUUGACAAAAUGCAUCGUUUCUCAGUGGACAAUCUCAUUGAACUAAAGCAGGAUGCGUUUGGCAAGAGCAAAUUGACCAUGGAGCUGCCAAACAACUUUGGCAGCGGCGCCGUCGAUUACCCCAACAAUCUUAGCUCGGGGCACUCAAGAAAGCCGCGACGUAACCGCACCACCUUCAGCUCGGCUCAGCUGACGGCUCUGGAGAAGGUGUUCGAGCGAACCCAUUACCCGGACGCAUUUGUCAGAGAGGAGCUAGCUACCAAGGUGCAUCUGAGUGAGGCGCGUGUACAGGUCUGGUUUCAGAAUCGCCGCGCCAAGUUUCGUCGCAAUGAGCGCAGCGUCAGCAUCGGCCGCCCUCUUCUGGACACGGCGACACAGCUUGUGCCUGCUCCGCUGCCCAACAAUAUGCACAAGUAUCCAAAUCUGACGCACAGUGCUCCUCCUGGCGCCUACGCUCUGAACUUUGCACCACUUGAGCUGCGUUCCUGCCAGAACUAUACAAAUUGCUAUGGUGGAUUUGGUCCAAAUCCAAGCAGUAGCAAUGGCGUUUGCUCUUUCUUUGGAGCGCCCAACUAUUGUGUGGCUGCCAACUAUGCUAAGAACACAUAUCCGUCGCUCUGAU